CUUGCACAGAUAGUCUCGCCUCGGAGAGGAUGUAACAUUCACCCAAGUCCUGGAGCUGCCAUCAGAUUGCAAGAGGCUUGCAUGCAGAGUAGCACAGAGUGGCAUGAUUCCUGUCUCUACCCGCUGAGGGCAUUCUCUGUCUGCCAGGCCCCCAAAAGCUGCCUGCUUGUUGACUCGGCUGCUCCAGUGCUCUGGCCCUUGCCAACACCUCGCCAUGGGGGAUAUGAAAACUCCAGAUUUCGAUGACCUUCUGGCUGCCUUUGACAUCCCAGACCCCACCAGCCUUGAUGCCAAGGAGGCCAUUCAGACCCCCAGCGAGGACAGCGAGAGCCCCCUCAAACCCGCAGGCAUGUGCCUGGAGGAGGGCGUGACCUUGUCCCACUCGGGGGCUACCUCUGACGUGCCGGCUGUGAGCGUCAUCGUCAAGAACACCAGUCGCCAGGAGUCCUUUGAAGCUGACAAGGACCACGUCGCCCCUAGCCUCCUGCACAAUGGCUUCCGGGGCCCCGAGCUGCCCGCCGAACCCCACGGCCUGGGCCCCGGCUGUGGAAAGUUUGAGCCUGCCUUCAUGAAUGGAGACAGCACUAGGGCUUUCCCUGGCAAGCUGGAGCCCGCCAAGUCGGAGCCGCUGCCCACCUUUAACCAGUUCAGCCCCAUCUCCAGCCCAGAGCCCGAGGAUGCCAUCAAAGACAAUGGCUUUGGCGGAAAGGCCAAGCACCCUGGCAGUUACUUCCCGGCCCCACCUGGCUGUGGCUCUGUGGCAGGGCCUGUCCUGGAGGCUCUUGCCAAGUUGCCCGUUCCCGAGCUGCACAUGUUUGAUCACUUAUGUAAGAAAGAGCUGAAGUCAGAACCGCUGCCCGCAGGGAGUCCUGAGGCGCCUGAGCGAGGUGGGCAGAAGGGGGAGUCCCACCAGGAUCUGGAUGCCACCGGGAUCUUUGGAGAGGCUCUGGGGUUCAACAGCCAUGUCAGUAACAGUAUUGGGGAGCCCAAGAGCCUGGCCCCUGAGUUCUCUUCGUGCUCGGCCGUGCCCCCGCGCCAGCGCCUCAAACCAGCUCAUUCCAAACUCUCUUCUUGUGUGGCAGCCUUGGUGGCCCUUCAGGCCAAGAGAGUGGCCAGUGUGGCCAAGGAGGAGCAGCCGGGUCCCCCCAAGGACCCUUCUGGGCCUGCGAAAGAGGGCUCCAAAGGGAGCCCCAAAAUGCCCAAGUCACCAAAGAGUCCCCGGAGCCCACUGGAGGCGGCCAGGAAGGGGGCCAAGCCCUCAGACAGCCCCCGGAGUAUCUGCAGCGAUGGCAGCAGCAAAGGCUCCCCGCCCGCCAUCCCCAAGGUCAGGAUCAAGACCAUCAAGACCUCCUCGGGGGAGAUCAAACGGACCGUCACCAGGAUCCUACCUGACCCCGAUGACCCCAGCAGGUCCCCCACGGGGUCACCUCUGGGGAGCGCCCCAGCUGAUACCCCUCACACCGAAGGGCCCGAGGAUGAGCCCUCCGGGCUGGUUGCUUCAGGAGGCUCCCCUGAGGCCGCUUCCAGGAGCCCCCAGGGCGACAGAAAGGAGGACGAUAGCCCAGCUCGGGCCAGGGCCUGCAGGGGGGCUGCUCCAGGUUCACAGGGGGGCAAGAAGCAGACACAGGGCACGGCGUCCGCGGCGGGGCCCACCAGCCUCCUGCCCAAGGCCGUGCACCUGGCCAACCUGAACUUGGUGCCCCACAGCGUGGCUGCCUCGGUGACGGCCAAGUCAGCAGGGCCCCGGCGCAGCCAGCCGCAGCCCCCGCAGAUGUCGGUGCCCCUGGUGCACCAGGUGAAGAAGGCGGCCCCACUGGUGCUGGAGGCCUUUGCCAGGGUGCUGCACGCCGCCAACCCCGUGCCCGUCUACGCGCCCAACCUCAGCCCUCCUGCUGGCAGCCGCAUCCAGGUGCCGGCCGGUGGCUACAGCUGCCCUGAGUGUGGCGACGCCUUCGCCCUGGAGAAGAGCCUCAGCCAGCACUACGGCCGCCGCAGCGUCCACAUCGAGGUGCUGUGCACACUCUGCUCGCAGACGCUGCUCUUCUUCAACAAGUGCAGUCUGCUGCGGCACGCCCGCGACCACAAGAACAAGGGGCUCGCCAUGCAGUGCUCACAGCUGCUGGUCAGGCCCAUCUCUGCCGACCAGAUGUUUGUGUCAGCCCCCGUCACAACCGCCACCACCGCCACUGGCACCAGCUCACCCGUGCCAGCACCCCCAGCCACCGGCUCCCCCAAGCCCAGUGUCCCUUCAGCCAGCGCCGGCUUCUCGCUCCCGGCCUUGCCGCUCUAUCCUGACCCCGUGAGGCUCAUCCGGCAUGGGGUCAAGUGCCUGGAGUGCCACCGGCAGAUGCGCGACUACAUGGCCAUGGCGGCGCACUUCCAGAGGACCGAGGAGAGCGAGGGGCUGACCUGCCAGGUGUGCCAGAUGCUGCUGCCCAACCAGUGCAGCUUCUGCGCCCACCAGCGGACGCAUGCCCACAAGUCCCCCUACUGCUGUCCGGAGUGCGGGGUGCUGUGUCGUUCUGCCUACUUCCAGACUCACGUGAAGGAGAACUGUCUGCACUAUGCCCGCAAGGUGGGCUACAGGUGCAUCCACUGCGGGGUCGUCCACCUCACUUUGGCCUUGCUGAAAAGCCACAUCCAGGAGCGGCACUGCCAGGUCUUCCACAAAUGCGCAUUUUGUCCCAUGGCCUUCAAGACGGCCAGCAGCACCGCAGACCACAGCUCGUCCCAGCAUCCCAACCAGCCCCACAAGCCUUCUCAGCUCAUCUAUAAGUGCUCCUGCGAGAUGGUCUUCAACAAAAAGAGGCACAUCCAGCAGCACUUUUACCAGGACGCCAGCACGGCUCAGGUGGGCGUGUUCAAGUGCCCCGAGUGCUCCCUCCUGUUCCUGCAGAAGCCGGAGCUGAUGGCGCAUGUCAAGAGCGUCCACGGGGUCCCCCGGAAUGUGGAUGAACUGUCCAACCUGCAGGCCUCGGCUGACUCCACUUCUCGGGUUCCUGCCGAGCCCCCGGCCCCCAGCGUGGCCUCCCGAGGGGGCUCCCUGCCUUCCAGCCGCUGGGCCCGACCCGAAGCCCAGCGCAGGGCCGAGGGCAGGCCGCCCCGCCUGCGGACCACGGGCUGGACCUGCCCCGAGUGCCAGGAGUGGGUUCCCGACCGGGAGAGCUACGUGUCACACAUGAAGAAGAGCCACGGGCGGACACUGAAGCGCUACCCAUGCCGACAGUGCGAGCUGUCGUUCCACACAGCCGGCAGCCUGCGCAAGCAUGGCCGCAGCCGCCACGACACUGCCCGGAAGGCCUUUACCUGCGGGUACUGCACAGAGAACAGCCCUAGCUUCCCACGGCCAUCCCUCUUGGAGAACCACAUCAGCCUUAUGCACGGGAUCCGGAAUCCUGACCUGAGCCAGUCGUCCAAAGCCACAGUUCCAAGGGGCCACUCCUCUCAGGUGAACCAUCGGAAAAGACCUGUCAGCAGAGGGGGGGAGGCUUCGGGCACUGGCAACGGCAUGACGGUCUCGUCCACCAAGAGACACAAGGCCCUUUUCCGCUGUGCGAAAUGUAGCUUCGCCACGGACUCGGGCCUGGAGUUUCAGAGCCACAUACCUCAGCACCAGGCAGACAGCUCCACGAUGCAGUGUCCCUUCUGCGGCCUGUGCUACACGUCCUCGGGCUCCCUCAGCCGCCACCUCUUCAUUGUGCACAAGGUGAGAGACCAGGAGGAGGAGGAGCAGCAGGAGCAGCAGGAGGCAGCUCCCACGGACGCCAGGGAGAAUGGACUGGAAGGAAGCGCCGCUGAGCCUCGGGUGGGCGGCCCGGACCCCCCGGAGGACGGUGGCCUAGGUGCUCCGAGCCCGGCCCAGGCCACUCAGGACAGGGACAGCCAUGCCCCAUCCCCUCAGGCGUGACCCACUGGGGCUGUGUUGGGAGCCCGUGGGCUGGUCGGCGUGAAUGUGAGCUGGAGCGGGGGUGUCCCCGUGGGAACCUGCUUGUUAUUUAUGGCUCUCUGCUGCUUCCUGGCACCCUGGCUCUUGCCCGUGCCCUUCCACGAACCCGGGCUGCACUUGUGGCCUCGCCCCGGUGCUGUUGACUCGGCGUGGGGCCCUCAGCUGUUUCCUUCUGUGCCCUUCUGCAAGAGUCCCCGCGGCCUCUGCAGAGUGUUCGUCCCACUCAGAGCUGGGAGGGGGGCGAGGGUGCUGGCGUGUGUGGCCCCCCCCAUCUUCUCUGAUUCUUUCCUCUCCGGUAGCCGGAGAAUUGUCCCAA